AUGGGGUUUGUCGAGGAUAAGGUGAAAGAGUACAUUCAGGGAAACUAUGCCAAGUUCCAAGACCUGCGUCUGAACCAGAUGCUGCUUCAUCUGCCGUGCCUCACCGCUGCGGAUAGGCAAGAGAUCUUAAGGGAAACAGACAGGAACGGGAACAUUUCGUCCCUGAUUGAAUUUUUCAACCGCCUGUGGUGCAGACGCGGGUGGGUGACACAGCUGAUAUCUGCUCUCAGGGAGACCAAUUCCGACCUGGCUGACAGCAUCCAAGAGGUUUACGAGGCUCAUCUACUACCCUCUCAGAGGAGACCCCCGGCAAGUUCUCCCUCAGCUGUUGCACCAGUAGCUGUUCCUCAGGGUGCCAACGCGCCCCCUUCGGACAACUCCCCACUUUCUCUUCCACGAAGCCAGUCAAGGCCAACCGGAGACCAGCCUCCCAAGGCCACAAAUGCCUUGACACCAGAACCCUCAGCCUCCCUCCAAGACGUGGUAGAUUACAGGGCUCCGGUUCAAGAAACCAAGUGUCCAUCCUGGAACGACAAGACAGCUAUAGAAGGAAAGGCACUCGGGAAGGACAUCAAGCAAAAGAUUUCCACUCCGGGCCAACACAACAGAAAUGCAGCAGAAUCCAACGCCAGCUUAGCUGUGCAACGUGAGAAUCUGACCGAUGUCCAGGUUGCCUCUCCAGCGGCUCUGGUUCGACACCACGAGCAUCUCAGAGAGGUGUCCGAGGAGGACAGGCAAAGCACUGAACCCGUAUCCUCCGAAUCUGAUGCAGAAACUCCACAAACUGCUUCUUCGCUUGGCCGAUCUUUCUCCGAGAGUAGUCCGUUCCCACCAAGAUCAUCGAUAAAGGAACAUGUUGAUCAGAUCCCCAACACUGUUCCUGUUGGCAGAUUUUCUUCUCCACCUUUCAACUUCGCUGGUUCUUCCUCCACUGAUGUGAUUCCUCCCAGCUCACCUGUAGCGGUUUCUUCCAUUCUGAGCGAUGGGUAUUCUGAGGAUCUUAAAGCACCUGUUCAGGAGAGAGAGCUGGCGAAGACCAAUUUGUGGACCACCUCUGAGCGGAUAACAGGGGACGCAUCUCUAAGAGCUACCAUAGCUUCGCCCUCAUCUGUUACAGAUAGUCCUACAAAUUCAAGGGAGAAGAGGAAUAAUGCCGGUGGCCCUUCCAGAGAUGCUCGUAUCUUCUACAGUAACCGAGAAGAGGAGGACAUCUCACUGUUCAAGCCUGGUGUUCUCUCUUCAGAGGAAGUCACAGGGGGACCUCUUGACCGGCUGUCGAUUAACCCAGGCAGAGUAUAUUCUGGAACGUCAGAUAGGCUUCGCAUGAGUGACGAAUACUCUGAGAAAAGUGACCCCUUAAUGCUGAGCGCUUCCACUUGGAGUAGUCACUCUGAAGAGUCCGGGAGAAAUCUGUCAACGGGAACGAACAUCAACCACUCGGAUGAGGAUUCCAUCAGAACCCACACAGUUCAUGUACGGGAGUCUCCCAGCGCUGAUCUCGCUGGAGCGCCACAGAUAACUCGUCCAGCACUUGGGAACGCUAGCCAAUCUCCAGGUGACUCUUUGGACUCUGUCGCCGGGGAUCAGCUGAUCAAAAAUGCCAGCUCCCCCCCUGUUCGCAAUGAUAGUCAAAGAAAUUCCCUUCAGAAUGAAAGUGUCAGUGAUACCGCCUCUUCACACAUGAGUGGUUCCGUACUGCUUGCCGUUGGUUUCGCUCUGAUUUCUCUGGUGGCUUUGGUAGUGUAUAAACAGGUGAAGAAAUAG